UUAAUAAGGUCGCAGAAUCAGUAUCAGAGAGCACAAGCACGACUGCACAAGCGGAAGCUCCAUCCAUGGUGAUCGAGGCAUGGUUCAUGGAAGAGAACGAUGAGGAUCAGAGGCUUCCUCACCAUCGCAACCCCAAGGAGUUCGUUUCGCUCGACCACUUAGCAGAACUUGGAGUCUUGUACUGGCAUUUGGACCCAUCGGACUACGAGAACGACAAGGAGUUGCAAAAGAUUAGAGAAGCUAGAGGCUACAGUUACAUGGAUAUGCUGGAUUUGUGUCCAGAGAAGGUGGAGAAUUAUGAGCAGAAGCUGAGGAACUUCUACACAGAGCACAUCCAUGCCGAUGAGGAGAUACGCUACUGUUUGGAAGGCAGUGGUUACUUUGAUGUCCGUGACAAGGAUGACCGUUGGAUUCGCAUUUGGAUCAGACCUGGUGAUCUCAUUGUUUUACCUGCUGGGAUUUAUCACCGGUUCACGCUUGACACAGAUAACUACAUCAAGUUGAUGAGGCUGUUCGUGGGAGAGCCAGUGUGGACACCAUUCAAUCGUCCACAGGAGAACCAUCCAGCUAGGAAGGAGUAUAUCAAGAGCGUUACCGAGAAGAUUGGGUUCCCUGUUGAAGCUCAUUGAAUUUGAGGUCCAACAAAUGUCCUAAUCACUCCCUUCAAGAGUUAAGUCUCUUAUGGUCUUUCUGGAUCACCUGUGACCGUGUGGGACUGUAUCAUAUUUUGGUAGUAUCAAAACAAUAUUUAUGUGCAUCUUAUCUUUUGGAUAUCUAUAUGUGUACCCUCAUGUGAAGUCCGUGUACUAUUAUACAUAUAAUGGCCCUCAUGCUUGCCUCAUGGCUUGCAACCUUUGGGUUGAUACUGAAAAUACUACUAUUGAUCGUUACAUAGGAAACACAAUUAGAUGUGGCAAUGGAAUUUUGGAAAUGUGAACUUAAA